AUUUUGGCUCCAACCGUGCCCAUGGUUCCUGCCUCGGCGGCUCAUCGCGCCGUGCUUGUGGCACCUGAGUGAGAACGUAAGCAAUUCUACAGGGUGGCAAAGAUCGAGGCAAAUUUCUCCAAUGGAAGCUACGGGACGCGCCCGCGAGGGGCGCAAUACGGUGAAGGGGAGCACGACAGACCGGAAGAUGCGCAGACAGCACGCAAGGAUCUCAGCAGAUAACCUCAUUAGACGCUUGUAUACAGAGAUUGCGACAUUGAAGUGGAAGAUAGACAGUUAUGACGCUUGGUACUGGUCUUGGGCGAAGGCGAAGCACGAACCCAAUGCCAUCAGCUACAACGACGAGGAGUCUUGUACGGUGGCAGUGGCGGAGGCGAAGCACGAGCCCAACGCCAUCAGCUACAACGGCGACGAUCCCGCGAAGUCUUGUACGGCGGUGGUUGGGGACGCAAAGCACGAGCCCAAUGUCAUCAGCUGCGACGACGUGAAGUCUUGCACGGUGGCAACGGCGGAGGCGAAGCACGAGCCCAACGCCAUCAGCUACAGAGACGAGAGCGGGAGGAGUGCUGCGACGACCAAGCCUAACGUCGACAGCUGCAGACCCGAGAAUGGAGCACAGGUGAAGAUGGAGCCAGAUGACUUCUACCCUAGCUACUGCUCGGGGAUCAGCGCGUGUGAGAGAGGCGGGAUGAUUGAGCCUUUUACGUCUCACACUAGUCGCUCUACCCCUAGUCUAGGCCCAGGGUGCAGUUCGUACGGCUACAGUGCCGCCAUCGGGCCUCGCAGAAUGCAGCAGGUGAAGUUAGAGCCCAAUAUUGCUAGCUACCGUGAUGCUAUCUCUCAGGAGCUCAGAGAGAUCAGUGGAACUCCAGGCGCCCCUUUUUUGCCCGGCGGUUCGGCGGUGAUCGACUGGGGCGCCAUCAAGAAUACAGAUCAAGACUGCAAGCAAAUGUGAGGGGACUGUGAGAACAAUUUCGUGCCGCGCGUGAUAAAUUCCGUGCCACUCGUGAUGGAUGUCCUGAACUGCGGCUUCAAGUUCAAGGAAUUUGUAUAGAGAGAUUGCACAUUGACUUUGUCAUAUGAUCAUGAUCAUGCUCAUGCUCCUCCUCCUCCUCCUCCUCCUCCUCCUCCUCCUCCUCCUCCUCCUCCUCCUCCUCCU